GGAAGCAAGUCCAAAUCGUUCCUGGCUCUAGAGAAUGUAUUACGGAUCUUAGAUUGUAGGCACUUACCCUUAAAAAUAUAUCCUGUCUCUGGAUUUCUGUCAUCACGGUCGGUCAGUCAUCGGCUGUGUGAAGAAAACUGCUAAGCUCCUUCAGGACCAGAGAUCAAGUUGGGAUUAGAAGGAAAUAUAUCCAAGAUACACGGCGAGAUCUGGCAAUGCUUAUUAUAAACACGUCAAUAAGCCAAUGGUCUAGUUAAGAACCUCGCCUCACCUCCCAUUCCAGUGAAAGUCGCUUGGUUUUCAGGAUCUCCUGCGUGGCAGUCCUUUGGAAUUUGGAAUUUAUGAAUCCCAGCGGCAAGGGAAAUUACCCGUCCAGUCAGUGGGAGAGCCAAGCAUAUGGCUCUCAGAGUAAUCAUUACCCCUCCAACCCCCAUCAUCCAAGUUCGCACCAGUAUCCAGCACCGUACGCUGGUCAGCGACUUCCCCAGACUGCCAAUUACGACCCGUACAGACCAUCUGCCCAAAUGAAUAACCAGCAGAGCUAUCCAGGUUCGAAUUUGGCCCAUUCUCGUACAGAUCGCGACUACUCGAUGUCGCCACCUUCACCUUCCACUCUAUCAUCACACGGGCAUGGAUACAGUCAAUUCCAGGCCCCUGCCCACCCACCGUCCGCGUCACAUCCUUAUGAACAUUCCCGUUCACGGUCGUUUUCGCCAAACCAACCUUAUCCCCAAACCUCAUCGUCGAACACGAACAUGACACACUCCACCAGCCAGUACACAAAUCAGAUCACUUUGUAUCCACCAGGACAUCCAUCCUCGACACAGGGAACGACCCAGUCUCGGCCAUACUCUUGCGAUCUCUGUGCCCUCUCUUUCAAUCGUCAGCACGACUUGAAACGCCACAGAGAAACCCAUACUGGAGAGAAGCCAUACACAUGCAAUGGCGGUUGCGGAAAAACCUUCACCAGGAAAGACGCGCUCAAACGCCACCAGUUGGUUAAAGGCUGCGGGAGGCCGGAAGAUUGACAGCCCC